UCACGCGAUGUUUAUAGUGCUAUGGCGUACCAGGAAGGGGAGUCGCUUGAAUCUUGGCUCAAUAAAGCCACCCAUCCCACAAACAGACAGGAGGACUGGGAGUACAUCAUCGGCUUCUGUGAUCAGAUAAACAAGGAACUGGAAGGUCCUCAGAUAGCUGUGACUCUGCUCGUCCACAAAAUCCACUCACCACAGGAAUGGGAGGCUCUUCAGGCUCUGACAGUGUUGGAGGCGUGUAUGAAGAACUGUGGGAGAAGGUUUCAUAAUGAAGUCGGAAAAUACAGAUUUUUGAAUGAGCUGAUUAAAGUUGUGUCUCCAAAGUACAUGGGUGAGAGCGCACCCGAGAAGGUGAAGACAAAGAUUGUAGAGAUGCUGUACAGCUGGACGGUGGCUUUUCCAAAUGAAACCAAGAUCAGUGAAGCCUACCAGACGCUGAGGAGACAGGGCCUCGUGACACACGACCCGGAGUUACCGCUGGACAGGACUCUGAUUCCGUCUCCCCCGACACGACCUAAACAUCCGGUGUUUGACAACGAGGACAUGGGCAAGCUGCUUGCUGAACUUCUCCGCAGUAAAAAUCCAGAGGACCUCCAGGAGGCCAACAGAUUAAUUAAAAACAUGGUGAAAGAGGACGAGGCUCGAGUGCAGAAGGUAACGAAGCGAAUAAACACACUGGAGGAGGUGAACAUCAACGUGAAGCUGCUGACGGAGAUGUUGAGCCACUACAAUAAAGACAGCUCCUCUGACUCAGACAAGGACAUCAUUAAGGAACUCUACGAGCGCUGUGACAAACUGAGACGUGCUGCUGUCAAAAUGGCCACGGAGACAGAGGACAAUGACAGCAGUUUAGGUGACAUCCUGCAGGCCAGCGACGACCUGUCCAAGGUUAUCAACUCCUACAAGAAGAUUGUUGAGGGGCAACCCAUCAACGGUGACAGUGAAGAGCCUCGAUCUGCAGCCGCUCACAGCGAAAGUGAGACUACAGACACACUGAUCGACCUCGCCGGCCUCGACACUCCGAGCCCUCCUCAGCCUGCCGUACCGCCCUUUCAGUCCCCAAAUCUUGUCCCCACGAAUCCAACGGCAUCCCCCAUCCCUGUCCUGCCUCCUCCUCCCAGACGCCUGGCCGGUUCCCAUGGCAGUCAGAGCAGCAGCCCGAGUCAUCCCCCACUUGACAAGGCCUCCACGUCACUCUCUCUCCUUGACGAUGAGCUGCUGUCUCUAGGACUGAACGACCCUCCUACCUCCCUGAACAGCCAACCAAAACCCAAGUUGAGCGAUCUGUCCAGUCAGUGGACUUCAUUGCAGGCUUCAGGCGUGGACAUGUUUGGCAGCGUGGCCUGUCCGGUUCCAGCGAUGCCUCCAGCUGAACCAGCCGCUGUCACACACAGUCUGCAGAACCUGCAAGACCUGGCCAUGAUGGGCUUUUCAGAUCACAAGAGUUUAUCCAGCCAGAUGACAGCCAGAGGAAACUUUGGGAUGCCCGCAGCAGCACCUCCCCUCAUACCAGGGCAAGGCUCUCCCUCCUCACCCUCACUUCUGCAGGGUACGAUGCCCGGCUCUCCUGCUCUGUCCCAUGUCAAGGUCCAGAGUCUGGGCUCAGCUCCUGGCAGCCCUCUUUUCCGCUCUCUGUCCCCGUGCCACCCUCCCCUCCAGGGCAGCCCGGCCAGAGCGGCAGACGUCUCCCUGAGCAAUGUGCACGUCCCUCUGGAGGCCAUCAGACCCAGUAAAGUGCUGCCUGUGACGGCCUACGAUAAGGACGGUGUUCGCAUGCUCCUCAACUUUGCAUCUGACUGUCCCCCCGGCAGGCCCGACGUACUGGUAAUGGUGGUGUCCAUGCUCAAUACAGCGCCCCUGCUUGUUCACAAUGUGGUACUGCAAGCUGCUGUGCCCAAGUCAAUGAAGGUGAAGCUGCAGCCUCCGUCAGGAACAGAACUGGCACCAUUUAACCCCAUCCUACCUCCAGCCUCCAUCACCCAGAUCAUGUUGCUGGCCAACCCAUCAAAGGAGAAGGUGCGCCUGCGCUACAAGCUGUCUUUCAAAUUAGGAGAUCGUCUGUGCAACGAGGUUGGAGAGGUGGACCAGUUCCCCCCACCAGAGACGUGGGGUCAUCUAUAGAAGUGUGGAUCACUCAGCAGGGACAGACUGCUUUGUACUCCAUGAAGGGAUGUGUGAGUGUGUGUGUGUUCACAUCCAUCCCAGAGAGAGAGAGAGAGAGAGAGGAGGUGGGGAGAUUCAGCCGCACUCUACCUUUCAGCUUCACAUUCCUGUAGUUGUUCAUUUUUUGGCCUCUGGCAGCGAGAAACAAACAGCAGAUACUACAGUUGUAUUUAUACAAUGCUUGUACACUUUCCUGCAGAUAGCUAACAAACUAAAGAUAUACACUGGCAAGUAAGACGGUCGGGGUGUUUACAGGUCGAUGGUAUUAAGAUGAAUAUUUUAAUGCAUUUACCCCGAGAUGAAUAUAACAGACUUGAAUGUACUAUGAAUAAUCAAAGCAUUAGAGCUCAGCCCCUGACUGAAGCGCUAGAUUGCAGCAGAUAAAAUGAUUUUUUGAAAAGAAACUAAGCUGUAAGAGAACAGAGCUGAAGAUACAACAGUUGUGCUUUUAUUCAUUUAUUCCUCUGGCUGAGCACUUUCUCAAACCACAGAAAACAUACUUGAAUAUAUUCGAAAAUUUGAAAAGUCUUUGGAUGAAGUAAACCGUAAGAGACCGGCAGGACCAGCAGCGAUCUUGACUGACAUUACUGUUUAAGAGGUUGUUGCAAAUAUAGUUGGAUCUUAUUAAACUAGACUAACGGGUCGACCGAUAUCGGUUGUCCGGGGCUGUUACCAAUUACUAGUAUUUAAUGAGACCAGUAACCGAUAUUUGGAACUGAUAUGCAUUUACAAAAAAAUGAAAAUCUCUCUGUCAUAAUUUAGCAUUCGGAAAAGAACAAACACCAGCAAGAAACUUUGUAAAUACCUUUACCAAAUGUUUAAUCAAAAUUGAAACUUUCAACAUCAUAUACAGCAAGUUCCCAGAAACUUUUUUUUUAAAUUA